AUGAGCCCGCCAUAUGAAACGAGACGCUGCGUCGGAUUCGUCGCCCAUCGUCUGGAACGUCUACGCUACUGCCGCACGCCAUUCGGGAAUGCUGUCAUCAACGACAUGAGCUGGCCUGAGGGUGGUCUGAUCUCCGACAUCGACAUCGGGGAUUUUGUGAUCGUGACAAUUCGAGAAACCGAGCCGCAUUUUCACUGGCGAAAGAACAACCCAUUUCGUGUUGUUUCAUUUUUGAAGACUGCCCCACCUGAGGGUGUUGACCGAGUCGAAAAAGGUGAUAACGUCAGGUUGGUGUGUAACGUCAUUUAUUGGGGUAAGAACGCUCACGGCUUGCCAACUUAUCGAUCAACUUUUGCUAGUUCUAUCCAAGACGUCUAUCAUCGGAUCGAAAAUCCUGAGCCAGAGCCGGUCGAAUACAAAGUUUGCAUCAGAUUGCUUGCGCUAGUCAACCAGCCUGGAAAAGAGCUUAUCAUUUCUGCUCUGAUCAACACAAUAAGACCAAAGCCAUCGGAGCGAGGAUUUUUGGGAGCCACUUCACCUGCUGAAUUAAGCGAAGAAUUGGAAAAGGUCGCACUUUCGACAUCGCUUCCGUUAGAUGACAGCUUCGAUCAACCAUUAGAGGACAGUAAACCAAUUUCUCUAGGAGUUUACCCAUCGGAGCAGCAGCAAAAAAAUAACGUUGAGCAAAGUCAAUGGGCAAUCCAUUUCGACAACGAGGAUUUGCUUGCAUCGAGACCGAUCGUUAAGACAAAGGAAGAGAAAGGUCGAGAGAUUUUGAUGCAGAUAUGGAACAACACUAAAAUUCGCAGGGUCAUUCACAAAAGCAAGCCGGAAAUCUCCGAAUUGAUCAAUCAGCACUUUCCCGCUUUC